AUGGCCGAGUGCAAAAGUCAGCAUUGUCUGUUUGCCACCAACAGCGCGAGCAGAAGCCAAGGUGCGGCCGUUGCAUGGAACGGCGACAAGGCCCUCGCGAGCGCCGGUAACAUCAUCUCAACGAACAUGAAUGCGAAGGAGCCGCACGACAUCUGCGAGCUGAUGGACUGGGAUUUCAUCGAGGAGGCCUUCCAGAAGACAUGGGACAAGCAUCUGUGCGUUGCCGACCAUACCAAAAUCCCAAAGACAAGUCUGAUCAAGGCCGCAUUCUCGGCCAUCAUGGACGGAGAGGCCAGCACAGACCCUAGAAUUCCCUACGGCGCUCAUCAGAUGGCCAUGUUCGCAGCCGAGAUUACCAAGGGCCUGCUGCGACGGACGGGCCGUGAGUGGAGGGCUGAGGAUAUUAAGAAGGAGGCUCUUGAUACGACGUUCGCGAUCAUGGUUGCGAAAUGGGUUUUGCGGCUUAAAGAACGUUCAGGCUGUCAGUGA